UGCCUUUCCUCCACGGCUUCCGGAGGAUUAUAUUUUGAGUACCAGCCAUUGGUAGAUGAGCUCCUUGGUGCAGUGGGCAUACAGGACUCAGAACAGGCAGAAGAGGCACCAGACGCUGCCAGUUACCUGGUCGGACACAAUGACAAGUUUCUGGCUUUGAAUGAACUGCUGGAGAGGCACUCUGACUCGGCCUAUUACAAGGAUGGGAUAAGCUACUCUCUCCUGAAGGUGGCUGAACUGGGACUGGUCCCCGCUGCUGAAAUCCUCCUGCAGUACGGGGCUGAUCUCAGCUUUGAGGAUCCAGUGACGUAUUACACGGCUCUACACAUCGCAGUUCUGAGAAACCAGCCUGAUAUGGUGGAACUACUGGUGCAGAAUGGAGCGGAUAUUAACAAAAGGGAUCGGAUUCAUGAGAGUAGUCCUCUGGAUUUGGCGAGCGAGGAGCCAGAAAGACUGCCGUGCCUUCAGAGACUACUGGACCUCGGCGCCGAUGUGAAUGCGGCUGACAAAAAUGGUAAAACUGCACUGCUACAUGCCCUGGCCAGCAGUGAUGGAGUUCAGAUCCACAACACUGAAAAUAUCAGGCUGCUGCUGGAAGGAGGUGCUGAUGUCAAGGCCACCACGAAGGACUGUGACACGGUAUUCUCCAGCAUCAUCUUUCUGUUAGGCGAGACAGUAGGAUCUGACGUAGAAGAGGCCAAGCUGAUCAAUCACUUCUGCUUCCGGGUCAGCCGGCUCCUAAUGGCCCACGGGGCUGACCCUAGCGAGUGUCCAUCUCACGAGUCCCUCACCCACACGUGCCUAAAGAACUUCAAGCUCCACUUCCCUCUAUUGCGCUUUCUGCUGGAGUCCGGUGCCUCCUACAACUGCUCUCAGCACGGCCCUUCCUGCUGGUCCGGCUUCCACAUCAUGUUCGACAGGCUGUGCUCUUACCUGGGCAACUGUGAGGACCGUGACUCUCUGGAACUGCUGAACAAAGCAGAAAGUGUGUUGGACCUCAUGAUAGCCCAGUCUCCUCACAUCUCCCUCCUGCCCAGGAACUUUGAAGUAAACCUAGCGAGCUGCGGCAUACACACGGAUAGAGUGACUGUCCUAUAUCAGUCCCUGAAACAGCUGGAGCAGUCGCCUCCUUCCCUAAAGCACUUGUGCAGGGUCUUCAUUCGCCAGAGGCUCAGGCCGUGGCCUGUAGAUGUAAAGGUGAAGGCUCUUCCUCUUCCAGACAGGUUGAAGUGGUACCUCCUCAUCCACCCCACUGCCUCCUUUGAUGAUGAUUUAUAG